AUGAAUCGUUACCAAAUCAACAGCUCCCGCUUACGUGGAACUGCUCGCUGGCUUUACCAUGAGUCCGGAAUUCGUUCCGUCCAUGUCACCGGCCGUGAUGCAUGGCUGAUCAUCCUGGCGCGAACAUGUCGCAUGUUUGCCUUUGGAGGAACUUCCCUAAUCAUGGCGCUCUUCUUUAAUACCUUGGGCUUUAGCGACCCCCAGCUGGGGCUAUUCAUGACAAUGACGCUUGCUGGGGACAGCGUACUCUCUUUUGUGCUCACCUUUAUGGCGGAUAGUCUGGGUAGACGUCGCGUUUUCUUUGGCGCGGGCCUGCUUAUGGCGGUUUGUGGGCUGGUAUUCUUCUACUUUGAGAAUUUCUGGAUAUUGCUUCUGGCAGCUGUCAUUGGUGUGGUAUCUGCCAGUGGAGGCGAUUUUGGGCCCUUCCGGGCCAUUGAAGAGUCUGUGCUAUCUCACCUGACGAAUCCGGAGACGCGCUCGGAUGUGCUGUCAUGGUAUGUUGUGACGUCGAAUCUUGGGUCCGCUGUUGGUACAGAAGUGGCCGGUCAAGUCAUUGAAUCGUUGAAAAUGCGUGAUGGUUGGAGCGAGAAGCGCGUAUACCAUGCCGUAUUUGUUGCCUAUGUCAUUAUGGGGGUCGCUAACAUGGGGUUUUCCUGCUUCAUGACCGACAACUGCGAAAUCAUCAAGCCGACGCAGUCAAUGGACGAGGGAGCGCAAACUGCACAAAGACUUCUUAGCAACUCCGAUGAAGAUGAAGAUGUGGGAGACGAGACGGUGCCUCAGAGGAAAAGCCGUUUCACAGAGAUAUCGUCUACAACGCGGUCCAUCAUGUACAAACUUUGGUUCCUUCUCGCCGUUGAUUGCUUGGCUGAUGGUAUGGUGUCAUACACGCUGACCAACUACUAUCUCGACCGCAAGUUUCAUCUGUCCAAGUCAAAACUUGGCGACUUAAUGUCUACAAACUACAUCCUUGGUAGCAUCUCUACCGUCUUUGCCGGUCCCCUAGCACGUCAUUUGGGACUCGUCAACACAAUGGUCUUCACCCACUUGCCAUCUUCAGUGGCUGUGCUCCUCUUCCCAGUACCACAGGGAAUUGUCUUCACCGUGAUACUUUUAUUCAUUCGCGGUGGUCUAAACAAUAUGGAUCAAGCCCCGCGGGCAGCCUUCAUCGCUGCGGCUGUAAAGCCCGAGGAGCGAACGGCCGUCAUGGGAGUCACGAGCACAUUACGGACGUUAGCCUCGCUCGUUGGGCCAAGUAUAACAGGUGCUCUCGCAGAUACAAACAAAUUCUGGGUGGCAUUUGUGGCUGCCGGCGCGCUCCGCGUUGCUUAUGAUCUUGGGUUGUGGGCAAUGUUUGUGAAUGUGAAGCUGCACGAGCACGAGGAGAGUGGCCAAGAUGGGAGCAAGGCAAGGCGAGUAACCGAUGAAGAAGAGUAG